ACCGUGAAAUCAAAAUCCAAUUUUUGGCUUAGAAAGCAUUUUCAUUAAAAUAAGUAUCUAGAAAUAAUUCAUUUGUUUUCAAAAAGAAAUAAUUUAUUUACUUAUUCUUCUUAUUUUAUAUUUUGCUAUUUCCUUCUUGGUGUUUUUCUUUAAAAUAAUAUUUUAAACCAGUCUUCAUUUGCUUUUCAGAAAAAAAAAAAAAAGAAAAAAAAAACGAGUCUUCAUUUAAUAUUAAAGUAAAGAGCAAGACCUUUAGGUGCAAUUUAUUAGGAUGAGAAUGCAUUUAAUUAAAGGAUCCUUAAUUAAAAGGGUAACAGCUUUAUUUAUAGAGAAGGGGGAAGAGAAGUGCACAAUUCACUUCACUAUACUCAUGCCACGUGAAUCUUGGUGAUUCACUUACAUGAUAUAAAUAUAUUACACAUUUAUUGUGAUCAUCGGUCAUAGCAGUAUUUGAAGGCAUAAAACCGAAACUGCGAAGAUUAUCAUGAGACCAAAGUUUUAUCUGUUCGGCGAUUCUAUCACGGAAGAGUCCUUCGGUGAUGGUGGCUGGGGUGCCUCGCUGGCUAACCAUUUCUCUCGCACAGUCGAUGUGGUACUAAGAGGGUACAGUGGGUACAACACGAGGUGGGCUCUUAAGGUUAUUGAGAACGUUUUUCCGGCUGCUAAUGGCUGUGGAGAUAGUACUAGUGAAUCGCCACUAGCAGUGACUGUGUUCUUCGGCGCAAACGACGCAUGCCUUCCAGACCGAUCCUCUGCUUUUCAACAUGUGCCUCUUGACGAGUACAAGCGAAACCUUCACUCCAUUGUCUUAUUUCUCAAGAAACGAUGGCCUACAACUCGUAUUAUACUCAUUACUCCUCCUCCCAUUGAUGAAGAAGGGCGCUUGAGGCAUCCUUAUGUGGAAAAUUUGACGAACGAGCCUGAAAGGACAAAUGAAGCUGCUGGGGCGUAUGCCAAGGCAUGUGUUUCUGUAGCUGGAGAAUGUGGGAUUUCAGUGAUAGAUCUUUGGACCAAAAUUCACCAUUUUCCUCAUUGGAAAAAAUCUUGUCUAAGAGAUGGUUUGCAUCUGACUCCUAGUGGAAACCGGAUUGUGUUUGAUGAAGUGGUGAGGAAGCUGAUGGAGGAAGGCCUGAGCCUAGACACUCUAAGAAUCGAUCUCCCCCUUAUAUCUGAAAUCGACCCUAAUGAUCCCCUCAAGUCUUUUGAGCAUUAAAUAUUUGUAUCUGCUUACAAUAUGGGUCCCUGGAUGUCUCAUUUUGAAGGGUUAAUGAUUUGCUGCGAUCACAAAUAUAUAGUCACAAAUACAUAUGGUAUGGUGUAGGUAUACAUUGGCCAACUUAAUUUUUAUCUUACACCUACUAUUGGUUACACACAUUGAUCUGAUAUUUUGAAGCUGAAACUUUUUUACAUUAAAGAAUUGUUUUGUACCUUCGGAUCCUAAAUUUUUACUGCCCCUGCCUUUUUAUUCC